CGAAACUUUUGCAUGUAUUUUUGCUCACAUUUUUGGUCAAUUAUUUAGAAAAUAAUAAUUGCUUAUCAAAAUUGGCAACAUAAAUUUCAUCCGUUUUGGCGUAUUCCCUUGAUUCCUACGGUCGCAAAGCAGCAGUACAUUCCUCCAGGUCUUGGUUUUUCUCCCCUGACGAUUGAUUGUUUGUUUUCGACAUUUCUCUUCCGUCUUGAGAAAUGUCGUCAACAAAUAAAUCCUCCAAGGACAUCUUGAACGAACUCUUUAGCUCCUUCAACACCUCCUACGACGAGGAGGCAGCUGAGGAGGCUGAAGAGUCCAACAAAGGUGGUUCGAAAAAGAGAAAAAAGUCUAAAAAGGCAAAGAAAUCAAAAAAGAAGGACAAAAAAGGGAACGAUUCAGAUGACAAUUCUAGUGGGGGAGGUGACGACGAAGAUGAGAAGAAAUUGGAGGAACCAUCCCACAAGAAGACUCAUCACCAUAAACAUCGCCACGGUAAAGAUAAGCAGAAUGGAGAAUCAGAAUCACAACACAAGGAUGGGAAAAAAGUGUCCAAGAAACAUCGCCGUACAGAAGAAGAGGGCCAAGGGGCCGUUGAUGGCGAUGAUGUCGACACACUCAUUCAAAAACAUCGACACAAAGUUAAACGCCAAUUCAAGGGGUUGGUCUCCAACAUUGGGGAUAUUGUCAUCAAUAAUGACGAGCUUAUCAAGAGUAAGAGCAAGAAGAGGGAGGACGACAUAAGACGAGCAAGCGGACAACAACCAUUGCAAGAUAUGGAAGAUGGUGAAAUUUUAGAGGAUACGGAUGAUUUUUUUGGUAAGAAGCAUCAUAAAAGUAAGAAAUUAAAGAUCUCCGCAUCUCAAGCUUACAAGCUGGACAUGGAAGAAAAAAUGCUGCUUGGGAUCGAGCCGCCUGUCGCUAGUCACAAGAAGGCUCCAAAAGAGGAUGGUCAUGAGGUGAAACGUUCCAAACAUUCGUCCUCCUCUGAUAAACGCCACGACAAUCUUGAAUGGUCAUCCACUUCACGAGAUGGUAGCUCUUCUCAUAAGCGGAGAAAGUCUGGAGAUAAUACUAGCGAAUCAUCAUCAUCUCGAGUGGUUAGGCAAGCUCCUGCAAGAACUCCUACGCCACCACCACCAGAAGAUUUCCAUGUCAGUAGUAGCAGUAGAAGAUCCUCCUCCUACAAUUAUAAAGAUACCAAGUGGCAGAAAGAACAAAAUCAUUAUGAGUCCCAACAGAGUUAUAGUCGACGCAGUGAGAGGGACUACGAUGCUGGGAAUUAUUACGAAAAAGAGACUACGCGUAGAUCUGAUGGGCGAGGAUUUGGAUUUGACGAGAGAAGCUAUUAUGACAAUCCCGUAAAUCAUGGUGAUCGAAGACAUGGUCAUUACCAACAUGACGAACGGGGCAGGAGAGAAAGAAGCCGGAGUCCUCGUGAUAGUAGACGAAGAUCGCGAUCUCCUCCGAGAUGGAGAAGGUCCAGGUCGAGAUCUAGCGAAAGGAGGAGACGUCACCCGGAUGAUAUCAUUGACAAGGCUAAACUGUUGGAAAUUGCCAGGAAGAAUGCUGCCAAACUGAUGCGAAGGGGCGUUCUUCCUUCUGAUAUUUUCUCCCGUGACCAAAUCAUGGCUAUUCGAGCAGGCGGAAAAAGUGUGGAAGAAUUGACUGAUUACUGCAAACGAAUUGCGAAAAGGGAUGCGAAUGGGGUAGCUAUAUCGGACGAUGAUUCCGGCGACGAUGGGGAUGCCGAUCAUUUUCUUCAUCAUCCAUUCCAAGUCAAAGAUAGACCACUUCCCCAAAUAACUCUCAAUAUUCGAAAUGCUGUUCCCAUUCCGAUUCGAACUCCUCAAGUUCUCGCGAUUGAAAGUGCAAAACUGAAAGUUACAUUUCCCGUGUCCAGUGGUACCCAACACAGGAUUAAAGAGUUAGAAUGGCACCCUGUCGACAAAGAUGAAGAAGAAAAGAAAAAAGCUGCUGAAGCUGCUUCUACUAGUCUUGUGCCACUGGAUGGUCCAAAAGUCAAUGCCGUUUCACCCAUGGUUCGAGACCAGACGGGAGGAGAGGAAACAGUAACAACUGUGGCUUUACUGAACAGUACGGAAAAACCAGAAAAAGAAAAAAAGGCAUCUCCUCCUCCACAGCACAGUAUUUCGCUGGAGCAGCCACAAGUCCCAAAUUUUGAUAUUAGCGAUGUGAUAGCCAUAAGACUGAAAGCAAUGAGGCAACUUAGCGAAAAUCCGAAAAGUGAUGAUGCAAAGAAACAACUCGAAGACGCGACUCAAAUGAUGAAAAAGUGGGCUGACUCGAAGGCUCUCGAGCCAAAAUUUCUAACACAAUCCGAACUUACACAAGGACCUCAAGCUUGGGCAAAAAGGGAUCAGUUGGUUAAGGCAAAAGAAGUCCAGAGUCCUAUGGGAUUACAUCUAUUGCAAAAAAUGGGCUGGCGUCCAGGCGAUGGACUGGGCAAAACUAAAUCUGGAGAUAUACAACCACUCGCACUAGAAGUGAAAACUGAUAAGAAAGGUUUGACAAGUGUUUUGGAUUUGAAGAAGGGCCCUGCAAUGCCGCUCGUUUAUGAUCUCAGUGGAAAACACCCCAUCAGUGCUUUAAUGGAGUUAUGUGCUAAGCGGAAAUGGGGCGCACCAGACUUUGACUUGGUCUUCGAACAUGGUCCCGCUCACAAGAAGCAGUUUGUGUAUAAAGUUGUUGUAAAUGGAGUCGAGUAUCAACCCUGUGUGGCAGUUAACAAUAAGAAAAUGGCUAAAACGAAUGCUGCAGCUUUUUGUCUACAAAGUCUUGGACUCCUCCCCACAGCCACACCUGCCACCUCUAGCGAAACUUUGCAGACGGUGGCUCCUGAACCUGUUCCACCACCCCCACCACUCGCGGCUGGAUUUAACAACAACAACACUGGACUGCCUCGUUUUACUCCUGCUCACUAUUUGCAAACUGUGCCAUCCACCCCGACCCAUCAACUCCCCCUUUAUCCCCAACAACAACAACAACCCCCACUCCCUCCUGAAUUGCUGAUGCCACCCCCUCCUCCACCUCCUCUUACCAAAUAAGUAUUUCUCACCCUUCGAAAAUGUAGUUCAAGUUCAU